UUUUUUUCGACCAAAACAAAAAAUUUAAUCAAAACAAAAAUGAAAUUCAGUAAAUUCAAUUGUAAUAAAUUUUACUGCAAAUUUGCAACGAUAUUAUUAAUUUUUGGAUGUGUUUUCCAUAAUACUAUGCAGAAACCAUUGGAACACAGUUUCAUUUCAUGUUUAUUCUCAAGAAUGUCACCAUGUGGUCGUAAUUCAUUGUGUAAAUCGGAUAUGCGUGGAAUUUAUCCACAUCCCGAAAAUAACAAUCAAUAUGUAAAUUGUUAUGGUGAAAAGACGUAUAUUUUAAGUUGUGGUCCGGGUGCAGUAUUUGAUAGAUUAAGUAAAAUGUGUAUUCGUUAUGUGGCAGCAGAAUCGAAAUAUUAUUAGCAGAAAAGAAAACACAUUUUUGUUUUAGAAUUUAAUUUAUUUAUUAAACAAUAAUUUUAUAAUAAUUAUUAUUAUUCCAGAAAAAAAAUUAUGUAUAUUAUUAUUAUAUUUUAAUAUAUUUAGGAAAUAUUUUUCAAAAAGAAAAACAUAUGGAUGAACCAUUAAGGAAAAAUGCUGUUUAGGCUUGCGUUCUUGUAUUAAUGGCUGCCCAGUAUGAUGACGUGAUCGUCGAUAGUACUUGGGCAAAAAAAUACCCAACCAUACUGGGCAGUUUGACGUAAAAAAUGGAUGCAAGCUAGAAUUCUAAGAGGAAAUAUUUUUCCUACAAUUUUUGUACAAGAAAAGAGGAGAGUAGUGAUUUAAUAGUUUAUAAAAAAAAUAUUGAUAAGUUAACCGUGACACUUAUUUAAGGUCAAUGACAAGAGCUUUAAUUUACCUUCUAAAUAAAUUAAGGUCGAAAAUCAAUAGUUAUUACAUUUCAUAACGUUUUGGAAAAAUUAGAAAUUUUUUUUGCAGCAAUUUUUUUAAUCAUUUUACAAGCUAUUGAAAAACAACAAAUGAUUUAAGAGUUAAAUUAAAACAAUUACCAUAUUUUUCAAAUGAAUUGCUGUUAAAACCAGAAUUAUAACUUAUUAAACGAUUUUUUACAGUUAAUUUUUUUUUUUUUAAAUUAAUAUUGUAAUAUAUUUUGUUUUGAUAAUGAUUUGUAACAAAAAAAUUAAAAAUUACCACAAAACAAAAUUCAAAAUCUUAAAUAAGUUGCUGUAAAAGAAAUACAUAAAAAUGAUGUUUUUUGUCAUAAAUGAAAUACGCACGCGCAUACGCACGCGUGUUAAAAGUAUUAUACUAUUAUGUAAACAUAA